AUGUUCUCGGCCGCCAGUAGAAUGUACUCACCGCUCACAAAUGUACAAGUUGCUCAAGCCGAUUUCGAUAUAGUAACGUCGUCACAACCAGCACCUUUUGAUAUUGUUUACAUGGAACUCGAUGGAAAACAAAUAGGUAAUUCCAUAUCACCAACUGUGGGCGACAUCGCUUCAGGCACUUCGAAUCGUCUCACUUACCAUAUCACCACACCUGGACAGACAGCCAAAAUAGUGAAUAUGUCGGCGGUUAUCACUGUUGAAGGAGUGUUGAUGCCGGUGGAAGAUCAACACAUCUACGCCAUAAGGGCAGCCGUUUCAGAAAAAGAUGGUUUCAUCGUCUCCUCCUUAACCGAUCCCGAGCCGGUAUUUUUCUACCGUCCUGAUGUUGGCAGCAUCAUCAAUAUCAUACCACUUCAAUUCGUAGCGAGUCAUCGAAAGCCAAGCGACGAUCCAAGAAAAGCAUCGGUGCUAGCUUCAUUUCGUAGCUUAGUAUCACCUGGCUACACUGGAGCCCUUUGGGGAACGUUGAAACUGCCGCCACUUCCCACAAAUUAUCGAUUGACACGUGUUGUCGACCAGCGC